CGGAACGUGUCAUAAGAAAGUGGCAGUUUGAAAUGCAGGUUUGCAACAAAGUGCAUGGGUUUAUACAUUUUUUGUUGAAUAUUAUGCAAACAAACCAAAAUAUAUUGAUACAGGUGGUGCACUAGAGUGUCUGAUUACUAAUAGGAAAACAAUGAAAGCUGUUUCUUUCUCAUAAAGAACUAACAAUGUCCGACACCGCAAAUAUGACUACAGAAAUGUCAUCAAAGAGCGAGCUGAAGAAGCUGUCGGAGGAGUCGCUGACGCGGCAGCCGGAGGAGGUGUUCGACAUCAUCUGCAAGCUCGGCGAGGGCAGCUAUGGCAGCGUGUAUAAGGCGCUACACAAAGAGAGCGGGCAGGUGCUGGCCAUCAAGCAGGUGCCGGUGGACACGGACCUGCAGGAGAUCAUCAAGGAGAUCUCCAUCAUGCAGCAGUGCGACAGCCCAUAUGUGGUGAAGUACUAUGGGAGCUAUUUCAAGAAUACGGACUUGUGGAUAGUAAUGGAAUACUGCGGCGCGGGCUCAGUAUCAGACAUCAUGAGGUUACGCAAGAAAACCCUCUCAGAGGAUGAAAUAGCCACAAUACUAUGCGAUACACUAAAAGGCCUGGAAUACCUGCACCGGCGUAGGAAGAUCCACCGAGACAUCAAGGCCGGGAACAUCUUGCUCAACACUGAGGGUCAUGCUAAGUUGGCGGACUUUGGCGUCGCUGGACAGUUGACUGACACAAUGGCGAAAAGAAAUACAGUAAUCGGCACACCAUUUUGGAUGGCGCCCGAAGUUAUACAAGAAAUAGGCUACGACUGCGUGGCGGACAUCUGGUCGCUGGGCAUCACGGCGCUAGAGAUGGCGGAGGGCAAGCCCCCGUACGGGGACAUCCACCCCAUGCGCGCCAUCUUCAUGAUCCCCACCAAGCCGCCGCCCUCCUUCACUCAGCCGGACCAGUGGUCGCCAGAGUUCAUCGACUUCGUGAGUCAGUGCUUGAUCAAGAACCCCGAGGAGAGAGCCACCGCCGAGUUUUUAUUAGAACAUGAAUUUAUAGGUAACGCGAAGCACCCGAGCAUCCUAUCAGCUAUGAUCUCGGAGGCGCGCGAGAUCAGGGAGAGCCAGGCGUUCCGGAACGCGCAGCAGAACAACAACGCCAAGACAUUCGCAGCGUUGGGCGCGUGCUACGACGAGGCGACCAUGAAGGGCUACGCGGACGGCACGCUGGUGCCCGCCGCCGACCUGGACCUGGGCACCAUGGUCAUCAACGAGCACGACCCCCACACCAUGAAGAGGCACGACACAGACCCAAUGGACACCAACAAGCCGAAAUACCGACCGCUAUUCCUGGAACACUUCGAGAAGAAGGAAGUGAACCACCUGAGCCUGGGCGGCGCGCAGGGCACGCUGCCGCCCGCCCAGCUCAAGCUGCCCGCGGCUGAAGAGGCCGAUGUGGAGCUAGCGCCGGCGGGCGGCGGCGACCCCGCGCUAGAGUACCAGCGCGCGUUCGUGGAGGAAGGCAACUUUGAAUUCCUAAAGUUCCUAUCUCUAGUCGAACUAGAAGCUCGCAUGGCGUGUCUAGACGCGGAGAUGGAGCGAGAGAUCGACGAGCUUCGAACCCGCUACCAGCUGAAGCGGCAGCCGAUACUAGACGCCAUCGACGUCAAGCGCAAGCGACAGCAGAACUUCUAGCUCAUAGCUACAAGAGCCACAGUCGUAGUUGGACUAUCUGAAGCGGCGGCUGAUAUUGACAAGCAAGUUUGUGACUUCUUUUUGGUUUUUCGUUGUGGGGAAUCGUCGCCUGUUUUGGGUGAUGUGUGGGAAAUGUUUGGUGCGAUAGUAUACCUCCUAGUCCUGCAACGUAAGGGUUAUAUUUAUUAUAUUUUGCGGUUGCAUUGAAGGAAAGUAAAUGAGAAGCUUUGCAACCAGUUACAGUUAAAGUUGAUACAUUUCAUGGAUUGUAAAAAUUAAACAUACGAAUGGUUAGAGUGUAUGAACAUGUACUAAUGUUCAAAUAACAGGAAUGCGUGCUUCUAGCGCAAAGUGAUUGAAAACAGUCUGUGUAUUUGGUAAGGCGUCAUAAGGUCCAAAUUAGUCUGAAUUUGAAGACGAGACUCACUGAAAUUGGUAUGUGAUUUGUAGGAGUUAAAGAGAGUGAGUAGUUCCUGUUGGAAUUACGCGUUAGUCAAUAACAUGUGAUGGUGAUGUGUAGGAUAGUUUGCUAUGGACUGAGGAUAGGGAACCAACUCGCUGUCACUAAUGCAACGCGAUACGGAUGAUAUUUGUGCAGUAGUGCCCCGAUAGUGAGCUAGUUUUUAAUCACAUUAGAUCUUAAAUUGAUCGGUUCCUCGCUUUACCAAAUUUAGAUGAUCUUUACGAUGAGUUGGAUAAGUAAUUAUUAGAAGUUUGAGUGAUGUUAUGUGUUGUUUCCUAAAUAUGUGCUAGUUGGACAUCUUCAUAGGUGCUGUUGAAGUAUAAAUGGUGCCAACCUACAAUGACUGGAAUGUCCAAGGUUCCUGCUAGACGAAGGCUAAAUUUUGGCCUAAAUAUAGUUUAAGUCCGUUCACAAAAUUAACAUACGAUUUGAGAAGUUUAUUCCGUCACUGAAGUGCAGGUUUAGUUCAUUUGAACCAAUUUGAACAAAGUAUAGAUAUUUAGUAGCACCAAAAUGAAAAAAAAAACAUAAAAAUAGCUAUUUCGGGGUUUGCUAUGUUUUUACGAUGGUAUACUCACUUCGGGAAUAAUACCAAUUUCUACAUCAUAAAAUAGUUUUCGGUAAGGCCGCUAGAAUAUAGUUUUACAUACAUUAUGUAAGAAGCAUAAAACAUAUCUAUUUAGUAUAAUUUGUAUUCAGUAAUCGCAGAAAUUCAAUAAUAUGAUUUGCUUAUUUAUUGACAGAGCUCAUGUGUAAAUAGUUUAAACAAUUUUGCUUACCAUUAUUACAUAUUUCACUAGUAAGUUAGCAUAGAUUAAUGUAUCUUUGAAAUUAAUGUCCAUGACAAUAUUUUUCUAGAACUUCUGUACAAAUUGAAAACAUGAAGUAAUUAUUUAGAAAGAUAUUUGCCUUCAAUUAUUAUUGAAUUGUUUAUUUAUAAUGUAUUUGUCUAUUAUUUUUGCAGAGAAUAAUGAAGUAGGUUAUACCUAUUAGUAAAUGUUGAUUUUGAGGAGCAUAUUGAUGCCACAUGCCGGACAACGGCCGUGUGGGUCAGAAGUGGCACCAUUUUGUUUAGUUCCUUAUUUAACUUAGAUCUCAAUUUGCUCGCAAUGAUAAGAC